AAUAAAUAAAAACCCUGGAAUGAGUAGUUGUCCAUACUUUUGACUGGUACUGUAUAAGUUCAUAAAUUAGGCCAAUAACCAGCACAUUUACUCUACUCUGUCAGACAAAAAUAGGGGAGUGUCCCAUAUUAUUGCUCUACAUGCAGGCUACAGUACAGGCUGCUAGCAGGCAAACAGCCAACAUGUGUUUUGAACUGCGCUGGCACUGGGAGAUAUGUUUAGUAUGCACGCACCCUCAUUGUAACUGUGGAAAUGUUUGGAUACAAUGUCGAACUAGGAUGUUAUUGAAAUCCUAUUGUAAAAACCAGCUUUUCUUAAAUUGAGCACUGCUUGUUUCUAGAUCUCUGUAGCAUGUGGUCCAUUUAGGCUAAUUUAGAGGUGAGCAAUGUGAUUGAAGCCUAAUUCGGUUGCCUUGUUCAUGCCUUGUUCAUGUGUAACUGGUUGUGGUUGUUCUGUAUCUUCUUCCAUAGACAUUAGGACUCUGUUCUGGAGGAGAGCCUUGCAGAGAGGGUCCAGUGCGUCUCGGAAAAUGGCAUCUCCAGAGAUGCCUGGAUCCAGUCAGAGUAUGAAGAAGACCAUUGGACACAGAGGAGUUGAGACAAACACUGGAGAGACCACAUAUAAGAAGACCACGUCGUCAGCCCUGAAAGGAGCAAUUCAGCUGGGCAUCACUCACACUGUGGGCAGCCUGAGUCAGAAGGCUGAGAGGGAUGUUCUCAUGCAGGACUUUGUGGUGGUCGAGAGCAUCUUCUUCCCCAGUGAAGGCAGUAACCUGACCCCUGCCCACCACUACAGUGAUUUCAGGUUUAAGACCUACGCCCCAAUCGCCUUCCGCUACUUCAGAGAACUCUUUGGCAUCCGGCCAGACGACUACCUGUACUCUCUGUGUAACGAUGGCCUGAUAGAGCUGUCUAACUCCGGGGCCAGCGGCUCUCUCUUCUACGUGUCCAGUGAUGAUGAGUUCAUUAUCAAGACGGUGCAGCACAAAGAGGCUGAGUUUCUCCAGAAGCUACUGCCAGGAUACUUCAUGAACCUGAAUCAGAACAAACGAACCCUGCUCCCUAAGUUCUACGGUCUGUACUGCAUCCAGGCGGGAGGGAAGAACAUCCGCCUGGUGGUGAUGAACAACCUGCUGCCCCGCGUGGUCCACAUGCACCAGAAGUACGACAUGAAGGGUUCCACCUAUAAGAGACGGGCCUCAGCCAAGGAGAGGGACAAGACUUUUCCCACCUUUAAAGACCUGGACUUCAUCCAGGACCUGCCUGAUGGACUGCUGCUGGAGACAGACAACUACAACGCCCUUAGCAAGACCAUCCAGAGAGACUGCCUGCUCCUGCAGAGUUUUAAAAUCAUGGACUACAGUCUACUGGUGGGGAUCCAUAACCUGGAGCAGGCUAGUAGAGAGAGGGAGAGAGGUGGGGGGCAGAUGGGGGACAGUGGGGGGUCAGAGGGGGCGGUGACCCCAGACCAGCGCCGACCCCAGGCCCAGAAAAGUCUAUACUGCACAGCCAUGGAGUCUAUACAGGGAGAGGCCCGCGGGAAGGGAGCCCUGGAGUCUGAGGACCAUAUGGGUGGGAUCCCAGCCAGGAACUCUAAAGGAGAGAGGUUGCUGGUCUUUAUCGGCAUCAUCGACAUUCUGCAGUCCUACAGGUUUAUCAAGAAGUUGGAACACUCGUGGAAGGCCCUAGUCCAUGAUGGGGAUACAGUGUCGGUGCACAGACCAGGCUUCUACGCUGAGCGCUUCCAACAAUUCAUGUGUAACACAGUGUUCAAGAAGAUCCCAUUGAAGCUCUCCCCAUCCAAGAAGUCUCGUGGUGGGGGUCCGGGGGGUCUGAGGAGAGCUCCUACCCUGGGAGGCCCCACCCCCCUCUCCCACGCUGCUGGACAGUCUGUAGUGGACUCCCGGCUCGUCUACCAAUCCCACUUCAACAGGGCUGACGCAGAGGGAGACAGCGGCAUGCAGUCGGGCAGGCCAGACCUGGUGCCAAGGACCCCUCCCCUGGCGGGAGGGUCAGGGGAUGCAGAGGCCAACUUUUCCACAUCCUCAUUAGGAAGCACAGGACUCACCUCCUCCUCUCCUCCGCUACAGUCAGUAGGGGUUGAGGUGCAUAGAGCAGUAACAAGCACAGACCAAGACCACGGUGUCUCCCACAGUAUGGGUGUGGAAGUGGAAGCGUCAGGUGAUCAGUCAGGUAAUGAAGAUGCCAUCUCACUAUCAGACAUCGUCCCAGAGACUAACAUCUGCUUUUAACAACUGAUCUGGAGUCAUCUGAGGAAAAGGUGAUUCUGGAACCAAGGAGGUGGGUGGAAGAGUGAGAGGGGGAGAGAAGUCUUGCAUCUCCAUCCUCACUCUUUUGAUCCAGCCCUCCUUUUCUGCAGGGGAGGUUUGGAACAUACUUCAGGCUGACUGAACGGGAUGGGGGAGGUUGGGAAGUGAAGAGAGGGAGAGUGUGACUGGUUGCCAGAGAGAGGAACAAAGAGGAAGAGAGGUGUGUGUAUAUAUGUGUGAGGAGGUGGUGGCUGUCUAAAGGCUUGGUCAGCCAGACACACACGGGUAUGCUGCUAGAAACCCUUCUCCAACUAAGUUACAGGAGUCUCUGUGUCACGGAACCCACGUACACUGUCCCACCUAUCACAAAGCCUGAAGGGGAGAGUGAUGUGGGCUUAGACACCCCUGCAUCAACAGUAUGGAGGAGGAACACCAUGCUCUAUAUCACUCUCUGUUCUGUUACUUUGUGCAUUCCUUCUUGUGGACAGUCUAAGUGGGUUUAGUUUUCAGUGACUCUGAGCAUAAUAUCUCAUAUGUUAUCAUUCUACAUCUCUCCACCCCUUCCUCCCUCCACACAGCCCGGAGAUGGGAGGGACACAGGAGAAUCAUCUCUAUAUGUAGUGUUUUUUUUAUUAUGACCACACUUUUACUGCUGUGGACAGAACAUAUGACUUCAUCACACAGACCUUCUAUUCUUUUAGAUUAUGGAUGUAUACAGUAGCUGACUGACUGGAUUUGGGGGCAGGAAUGUACAGGCCAGAGCUAUACUGCCCUACCAAGAAAAAGGCAGUAACUGCUCAUAGCGUGGAACUGAGAAAAAUGCCUUCUAUUUACCUUAGUUUCACAGUUACCUAGUGGAGUUACUGCUAAUAUGACCCCCAUUUUCUCAAACACAAUACGAGGCAGGAUACUUGCCCACGUGAUUAAGUCAUUUUUGCUACAUUAAAUACAUGCUAACUCAUUUUUGACCAAAUGAGCAGUUACUGCCUUUUUUCUUGGUAGGGCAGUAUGGGUAGGCUAUACACCACAGGGGGUUGGUGACACCUUAAUUGGGGAGGACGGGCUCGUGGUAAUGUCUUGAGUGAAAUGGUAUACGUGAAAUGGUAUACGUGAAAUGAAAUGGUAUACACCGUGUUACCGGCUGAUGGGAAGGCUCUGUCUCCAUGGUUAUCCUGGAAUCUUCCUCUCUGAUGGGACCACAUGUGCUAUAUUGAUCUAGGAGUGAGAGACCAUUGCAAGAACAUAGUAAUGGCCGCCACCUCCAUGCCCUUAGAAUAGAGCGGGGUUCCCCAACUGGCGGCCUGCUGAUGCAAUUUUUUUUAAAUUGGUGGACAUUAAAGGUAAACACCAGCAAAUCAGCUCCAAAUGAUUUCAAUUGAAGAAAUCUGUUCUAAAGUAUUCCUAUGCAAAAUAGAGAUGUGAUUUGUAAGCCAAGUUUGAAAUUGUUUGUCAAAUAUUAUCUGUUUGGGCUUUCUUGCGGUCAAUUUGCAGUCUACAAAUUAUUUGUAAUUAUGUUCCGGCCCCCUGACCAUCCGCUCAAGAAAAAAAAAUCCCCCCAUGUCUGAAUCUAGUUGAUGAUCCUUCGAAUGGAGGUUCACCAGAGAAGAGACAAAGAGGAGCAGUAAGAGGACAGGACAGUGACCUGACCACACUAACGCUAGCUGCCUGUCACUUACGCUCUUCCUUUUUAUAUCUGUGCCUUUGUGUCUGUCUGGUGCUAGUCUUGCUGAGCUGUGUGUCUCAUAUUUUAAUGUCCCGUUACACAUACAUUCAAACUCUUGUUUGAGUCUGUUUUUAUAUUCUCACUACCAAUCAAAAGUAUCUUUGAAAGAAAAUUGACCAAUCAACCGGCAGGGUUGAAAGGAAUGAGCCAAUCAAAAUUCAGAGCGAGCUUUUAACGCACACUCUACACAUGCCUUUUUCGGUCUUCGUAUGGCAGUUCAGUUUCAUCACAUUCAUUCACACCCAACCAUUUAGACUGUUUUGUACACAAAGAUUAUAAGUGUUCUUCAAGCAAUGGUAAUUCUACCACUGUCAUUCAAGCACUUUGAUACUUUUAUGUACAAUGACCUGACUUUCAUUAAUAAGCAACAAGGGAUUUCUGCUGGCUACAGAAAUGGCUGCUUCACCCCACUGAGUUUGAGACUCACCACAUUGUGUGAAUGACUUUGUUUACGUCUCUGUAGUACACCUCUUGUACAUUAACGUUUCUAUAAACAUAGGUUUGUUAUUUUUUUAUCAUUUGCUCAGUCAUUGUGUAGGAUACUAACACAAGCGCUGGGUGGCCGCUCAUACUAUUUAUCCUGUAGUAGGAUAUUUCAGACACAGGGAUACAUAUCACUGCCUAGUGGUUAUGCAAGAUCUUGUAUUUCACACCAACACAGUGUGAUUUAAAGGGCCACCAUGGCCUGAUUGUGAGGACACAUUUCUAAGUAGAUGGGAGUACACAUGUGGUCCAAAGCAGAGGGGAAGAGAUGGACAGACUGACAAACUGGGGGAUAUCAGCCUGUGGUGGAAAUGAUUCAUGUUCAUCGAUGCACCGUGAGACAAUAGGGAAUGUUUAAAGGGAAUGGGGGAGUACAAGAACACAAGAAACUAGAGGCUGGAAGUGGAGCUCUUUCUGAUCAACUGUCAUGACAAAUUGGAAAAGCAAUCAAAAUGGUAUGGACUUGAACAUGGAUGAACUCACUGCAUAUGGAAACUACAUGGAGGAGACCUAUACUUCAGAACUUGAGUUUUGAUGAACUUGAUGUUUUCCUAACAGAUCUGAGUUUAAUGACCCUUCAAACAGAGUUGCAGCGCUCACCGUUUGAGAGGAGCUGUUCUGCAUGAUAACAAUACAUAUUUUAAAGCACACAGGAAGGAAGGGCACAAGAGAGGGUGGUAUUGGUUCCAAAUUAGUUAUUUACACAAAUAACUUACUACAUGGUUUGAUUCAUUUCAAGUUCUUGCUUUCACUACUUUUCCUGGUGAACCCACCCUCUGUAAAAAGCUCAUAUGGUAUUCCUGGUUAAUUUAUUUCCAAACAUGGCCCUCAAUUAAAAGUUGUGGUCUUUUGAAUGUUUUGACCUUUGACCCUGAUAACCCUGCUCAGCUUCCCCAUCAUUUCAAAGAGCUCAGUUCAGUCUUGUGCAUUUUGUUUGAGAACAGUUGGCCACCAAAGAAAACACUCCAAGCCCCAUGUUCCCAAGUUUUGAAUCACAUUUUCAAUAGAUGGUAUUGUGUCUUAUUAUAUAACAAGGGCCUUAGUGUGACAACAGGGUCUGGAUUUGACUCCAUGAACACUGAUCAUGACUUUUAGCGUAUGCUUAACUUUACAAACUAACAUCUGACAGUCAGAACAAUGUUUUAAAGCCUGUGUGCUUCUGUGUAGAUGCUGGAUUAAACGUGUUGCAGUGUCUGGUGACUUGACUUGACCACAACAGACACCUCACCCUUUGGUGCUCAAAGGGCGGUACACUUGCAACACAGACACUACAGAACAUAUGAACUAAUGCAAUAUGAACAAGUCUGCCAUCUUAAAGUUUCAAGAACCGUAUUUAUUGUAUUUGUAUUAUGACCCUGUAGCCUGAAAUGAUUCAUAAGUUGUACAUGUACUGUAGAUGAUUGUACGUAUAAUAAUGUAUUAUUCUGAUAGGAAAUGUCAGAGACUUAAGUAGUGUAUUGCAUAUGGGAGGGGAUUAUUUGACAAUUUCACUUUUUAUAUUUCAUGUUUGAUUUUGAUAUAUUCUCCAUUGUUCUGGGGCACGGAUGUCCCAUGCUUUUCUACGUUGAAUGUUUCACACAGCCUCCGAGCCAAUGUUGCUGGUUACCGUCUAUGCUUUAAUUACUCUAUUUUUACUCUGCCUGUAUAAAAUGUGUAUAUGUAUAUAGUAGUCACGAAAAUGCCUUCUCAUGCUGCCUGUUCCUUCUACCAUCUUUCAGUGAUGUGAUGUUUUUCAUAUUGGCUCUCUGAUUUUAGAAUAAACUUAUUUUCUAAA